AUUGGGUUUGAUAACCAGCCAUAUUGAUACCUUCCUGGAGCUACUGCAUAUCAGUCUAGCACCUGCAGGGAAACUUAACUACUGUUCCGACAUGAGCAGCAGCACUGCUCUGUGGAAGAAGAACUUGGCUGGCUUGUAUUGAAGGAGACUGAAGUGAGAGAUGUCCUGAACUUUGCAGCACAGGUCAAUUAAGGGCACCAUUACCAUCGUAACAGAAACAGCUGUAACUGUCCCCUAACUGGACUGCAGCAAGCCUUUGGAGACCACAAGAACCGUGGAAGACAGACUUCACGCUUGGCUAGAUGGAAAUGAGGGCAGAGAGUUCCACCCUCUUUGACGAGGAGAAGAAAGGAAGGAGGGUUAACGUACAACAGUGUCUUACCAUAAUGGAAGUUCACAAAGCCUACUUACAGACAUCACAGAAUCCACACAGCAGAGAACCACUGAUUACACAACUGCAUCGUUCCCUUGUAGUCCAGAACUAAACAAUCUGCAGGACACUGGCUGGCUGCUCAGACUAACCGAGGAUCUUUGGCCCUGGCUGAUGACCUCAAUGCAAAGCCACUGUCUGAAGGGAAGAGAGAUGUAGAAAAAGAAUCUACAACAAAUUGGAAAGCCAGCUACUGCUUUGUGACCUUAUUUUGAAUUUCAACCAUCCUAUGAAGGCCAAAAAUUUAAGAGAAGCUGAAGAAAAAACUUGGAGUUUGACAGAUUAACUGAAACAUGAGUUUUACAUAGCUAUUCCCUGAAUUUACCUGAAGAAAGAUAGUUUCAAAAUUGCAGAGAGAAGAGCCUUUCUACCCGUUUGAACCAUGAGCGGCUGUUCAAAGAGAUGCAAGCAUGGGAUUGUCAAAUUUGCUCAGACUAUUUUUAAGCUCAUCACAGGCACUCUAAGCAAAGAUAAAAUUGAAGAUGAAUUAGAAAUGACUACGGUGUGCCAUAGACCCGAGGGACUGGAACAGCUUGAAGCACAAACCAAUUUCACUAAAAGAGAACUUCAAGUGCUUUACAGAGGAUUUAAAAAUGAAUGUCCUAGUGGGGUUGUUAAUGAAGAGACAUUCAAACAGAUCUAUGCACAGUUUUUUCCUCAUGGAGAUGCUAGCAUGUAUGCGCAUUAUCUCUUUAACGCAUUUGACACUGCACAAAAUGGCUCAGUGAAGUUUGAGGAUUUUGUGAUGGCAUUGUCCAUUCUGUUGCGGGGAACUGUUCAUGAAAAGCUAAGAUGGACGUUUAAUCUGUACGACAUAAAUAAGGAUGGCUAUAUAAACAAGGAGGAAAUGAUGGAUAUUGUAAAGGCAAUUUAUGAUAUGAUGGGAAAGUACACGUAUCCAGUGCUCAAGGAAGACGCUCCAAGGCAGCACGUAGAAGUAUUCUUUCAGAAAAUGGAUAAAAACAAAGAUGGUGUUGUAACUUUAGAUGAGUUUAUUGAAUCGUGUCAGGAGGACGACAAUAUCAUGCGGUCCUUACAGCUCUUUGAGAAUGUGAUGUAACCGUGUCUGGCGGGCACUGGAGGAGUCGGAGACUUUCUGUGUAACAAAGACCUCCUUUCUGGAUGAAAGCUUUUUACAAUUCAGCCAUGUUCAGUGUGUGAGGAUUUUGUAUGACAUCUCCAACCAAAUGGCAACCGAAUGCAACCAAUCCCACCUCUUCUCCCCAGGAGACACCGGUGGACCUUUGUUUCGUUUUGGAAGCAUGUGAAUAUUUUAUUAAAACCCGACAAGAGAGAACUGCUGCUUGAAGUUCAAUGAGUAAUAUACAGCGUUGUUUGCUAGGCACAAGUCCUGCUUUUAAUCUAGCAAGCUUGAUUACAUAUGAUAGCACGUGUCAAUAGCUUACUCAGCCAUCUAUUGCAAGUGAAAAGCUCAGUCCAUACUACCAUAUGGCAAAAUGUUUUAUGUAUGCCUUGCCGUUAAUCUGCUUUGACAAAAGUCAAAUCUACCAGGGCAGUCUGUAAAAAAUGAACAGGAAAUGCACCUAGGACAUUAGCAGACAGCCUGUGUAGCCAAUAUGCCCAUUUCUGCAGAGAUCCUGCUUUUCCUCUCACAUGCACUGGUGCCACCAUGCUGAGUUUGGUGGAGUUUUUCCCGAACACAUUAACUAAAGGACCUUCAUGCCAGGGUGAGCCAGAAAGGAGCAAAACAUGUGUUGCACAUAUAAAUUUCAAACUACAGAACAAAUUCUGCUUAAUGAUGAUGAUGGUAAGUUCUUGCAAGACCAGGCAGGCUUAUAAGGGCUGGUACAGGAAGAUGAAUACCUGCUCUGGUCCCAACCACUUUCUGCAGUCCCAGCACAUGGUGGGACACCAACUGUUUCUCCAGUGUGCGUCUCAGCAGCGCUGUGGUCAGGCACUAUGGUCCUUUCGGUUUAGUUUGCCACACACUUCCUAGAUUCAUCAUUUGAACAUUUGUAUUUUUCCACUGGAAAUUACAGUAAAGUGUUGCCCACCUUAAUGGAUUUAUUUAAGCUUUCCAGUUUUACUUAGUGCAGAAGAGGGCCCAGAUGAUGCAGGUGUGUUUCCACAAACAGACCUUGGCACCCACGAAGAGCACUUUAAGUUUAAUUGGGAGCUACUUCCUUAGCCGCCAGGCCCAUAUGUCCCUUUGGGUAAUUUAACAUUUUCUAUAGCAAAAUGGUUUUUUCCUACAAGGCAGUUGCAUGACUUGUACAAGUCCCGUUUCCUUACUGAUGCCAAAUAGAGCAUUGGUUUGGGGGUUUAGGUUUUUUAAUUAGUAAAACAGAAAGAAUCAUGUAGUGAAUUUACACCAGGGUUGGAUUUUGCCCAGUAGAUUAUUUGUCAGCUGAGGAACUGAGCCUUCUUUGCAGAGGACUCUUAAGAAAGUUAACACACCAGAGUGCCGUUGCAGUCUCCAGGUAGCCGAUGGCUGAGAAACCAAGGGAAGGAGGGAACAGCCAACUUCUCCAGCUGCUCAGACCACACAGAAAGGAGAGCCGCUGCUGUAGCACUACAUCACUCCCAUCCAGUAAGCAUAUAUUUUUAUUAUAUCAGAUACUAUAUUACAAAUAUACUGUUAGCAGUGAAGAUAUAUUUUUAAAAUUAUGUAAGUGGAAGCUUUUUAUAAUACAAAAUAUAUAGAAUGCCUCAUUUCUGUAGCCCUAUAUUUUAUAAAAAUUCAAUCUAUUGAAGUAUUCCUGAUUAUAGCAGUAGGUCUGAUCAGUACUAGUGUAAUGCUAUGCUAAUCCCCCAAGGUGGGACAUUUUCCUCUUUUACUGUGCUCCUCCAUACACUUCUUUGUAGUCUUAACUUUAUUCCUUUCAGUUGCUCGCUUGUCAUCAAAAAUGCCAUUCAGGUGAGGGAAGUUACAUGUAUGCAGGAAUGUCACCCUAGUCUAUCCUGUUUAUUGCCUUUCAUACAAAUACCAUUAAUUAAUUCCUUCCUAGUGAUGGCACAGAGCAUAGCAACUCCAAUAAUGUGCUGUGAUUCACAGAAGUAAUUCAAUGCUGUGAGAGCAGCCUUGUCCUCCAGUUGUCCGGUAUUGUCUAUUUAGUUUUUAUUUAAUAGGCACUUGAUAAAGACAUCAGUUGUAGCUGAAAUAAGGCACAAUGUUUACACUGUUCCUUCUUGAUUCUUCUUGUAGUCACUUUAGCAAAUGACAGAAUUUAAUAUAAUGAAUAACCUGCCUUUUUCCCCACACCAAAAGAGCAUCUGUCUUUUAUCAGCCUAAGCCGUCAACUUCAGCUGAGGGAAAAAUGGUUAAGACAAUGGAAAAGAAGCAUUUGCACUGGGCUAGCACAGUGCCUUUCUCCUCUAACAGCGUUGCUCCACGUGUGCUCAUGAGAUGGCACAUACAGCCUGGAAAGUUUUGAACGUACCCUUUUCAAAAGAAAACAUUAUUAGUUGCCUGAUACCAUGGUCCCUGAAGCUAAAUUAAUUUCUGGAGUUACUGUGAUGAAUUUGGCCUCAGGUAUGUUUUCUGUGUCUCCACUAGUAGAAGUGCUGUACACAUGGCGGGGCAGUGCCUGUGUCAGAGGGGCUAUAACCACUUUCUGUUCAGCAUGGCCCCAGUUUGGCAACAUACUUUAAACAUUUGGAUGUUCCUCUCCAGUACGUGCUUAAGUGCAUUGCUGAAAUCAGGCUACCGUUAGUGACCCUGCAGUUUUGGCGUCUCCUUAUCUGCUCCACAGUGUCAGUUUUCAGCUCCCAGUAACGACGGUGGGGGGUGUCAGGCAGAGGGGGAGAUGCUGAAAGCCUCGCUGGUCCUAAUUCUGCUCUUGAGGUGUAGCUAGCUUUGAUUUUGGUCUCGCAGGAGUCCAGACCUCAUCUGUGCGUACCUGAUGUUCAGCCCUGGGUUGCUACCUCUCUACUCCACUUCAAGUCCAUUGUAGCUGAGAUAGGAGGAUUGGCAAAUGACACACAACAGCUGUGUUUUCACAUAGCUCUAAUUGUAAAUUCUGUCUGUGGCAGAGUCAUUGCCUUUGCGAAUCCAUUUAUUAUCCUGUGCUUGUCUCUGAUCCCACUGAUACCAGCCAGAGGCUGGUAUGCAUCAGCGCGUAGAAGGCCUCUGGGUUUUCUGUGAGCGGCAUAUGUGUAUAUAGCAUGUGUGCUCCAGCUAAUAGAUGAGAGAGGUCCAGUGACUGUGAGAGAAUCGUACUCUGCAUGGAAAUGUCUUUGGGUUUGUUUUUUAUGUUUUCUGUGAAUGUUACUUUGUAAACUUGCAAAGCCUCCCAUUGCUCAUGAAUGGGGCUUGCAAUAUUUAUGGCAAAUACUACUACAGCUUUCUAAAUGAAACAUAGUAUGCUAUUCUAAUCUCAUACCAUCAUAAAUCCUACUGCCAGUAUGUGGAAGGUAGUUACUAUGCUGGCUUCUAAGUUACAGUUAGACUAUCUGUCAGUGCUAUCAGCUGUGCAAAUUUUCUCAAAGUUGUGAAUGUUUAAAUAACAUCUGAGUCAUUAGUCUGACUCUUUCAUUAGUUACAAACAUUAGUCUGCAUCUUCAUGCCAGCAUUUUCUAAAAAAAGCCUUUCUAACAUGCAUUUUAGGCAACAAUCUGUUGAAAAAUAGGAAUGUGAUUAAUGAUAACGCAAAAAAACCCCCCGUGCCUGUUACUGUCGAUGUUUGUUUUCCUGUUACUUUGAAUGCAUUGCAAUAUUGUGAGUAAUCACGAGUCAAGCUAUAAUCCUGAGGUACGGAUAUCCUAAGGUUCAAGCAUUGCAGGCAGAACUUUGGCAUUGCCUGACUGUGAACACAUGUUGAGAACAAACAUCUUUGUGUCCGUGUGUUACCUCUGAUAAGAUGGUAGCAGCAGUGUUACAACCUUUUUUCUUCUUCAUGGAAGUGCCAUGAAAGACCUAAGGAAAUGUGCAAAUAAUAAAAACAGUGAUAACUAAAGCCAUGUUAAUGGAGCAGCAAUGCAUAGCUUCACAAAUGCUAUUCUCCAACAGUAAUUUGUAUUAAAUUUUGUUGAAUGGUUUUAAAAAUGUUGGUUUUAAUAAUAAAAAGAAAAUAUCUGUAGGAGGGCAUCUUUUCUUAAGCCCAGUAUGUAUUUUUUUCUUAAGGGACACUGUCAGGUUAAAAAUUUACAGGGAAACUUUUAAAAGCAGGACUCUCAUAAACACGUAUUUAUCUGUAUAGAGGCCGUUAAACUGCUGAACUGUGCCGUGAAUGUAACAUUUGCAUUCUUCAUUUGCAUCGCUGAUUCAGGGGUGCUCUUAUAUUUGGUUCAGUGACAUACACCUGAUAGUCUGGCCCUUGUGUAAAUAAGAGUUCAAAAUUGUUCUGCCGGCAUCACUGAUAGUAUCUCAGAGUAGUAAGAAAUGAAAGCCUAUAAGCAUGUCUUUUCAGCAUUUUUGCUUAAGUGUAACAAGGAGAACAGGCAAUCAAGUUGAAGAAAAAUGCAAGCACUAUUUUAUUUUAGAGAUAAGAAAAAUAAAACAAAACCUUGCAGUGUUCCUUUAGCUCUGGUUUGUUGUAAACAUCCAUUCUGACACAUGGAGAAAUGCAGAAGAAGUUUUGUGAGACUAUAUAUAUAUGUGUGUACAUAUAUAUAUUAAAAAAAAAUUGCUAAAGUCCAUUCUGUAGGGUAUAAUAUGUCUACCAGCACAUCCUAGGAAAAAGAACAUUCUCUUGCAUACAUGCAGAAAUGUGAAAAUAAAGAUGUCUGUGUGAA